AUGGCCUCCGGAAAUUCAGGGCCAUCUAACAGAUCGACCCAUUCUCGUCAACGGCCUGUAUUCUCAGCACGUUCGGCGGAGGAGGACGCAGGUAGACUAGCUCCUAGUGAGACAUCCCCAGAGACUGUUCGACGACUGCCUUCUCCUUCGGAGAAUCCGUAUCAGCCUAUGACGGCAGCUACAAGAUUGUCUCCCAGAAACUUCACACGGACUUCAACCUUUUUCGAUGGUGUUUCACAGUGGUUCUCCCGUCCAGACACCGCUCCGGUCCAACGGGAUCUCCAUACGGCCUCUACGCAGUCGACCGACGCAAAUGAUGCGUUUGUGGAAGUAAACUCCGACCAGAAGAAGGAUCGUGCACGGACGCACGACCUUCGUGCAAGCAUGGCUGCUCAAUCGAGCAAAUUAGGCACCUUCUCUGGUGUCUUUGUACCCACCACGUUGAACGUGCUUAGUAUUCUUAUGUUCCUUCGUUUUGGGUUCGUCCUUGGGCAGAGUGGUGUUCUUGGAAUGAUGGGAAUGCUUGUCGCAUCGUAUAUCAUUGACCUGUUGACAACAAUGUCCAUCUCAGCCAUUGCAACCAACGGUACAGUACGUGGAGGAGGUGCUUACUAUCUUAUAUCCCGCUCUCUGGGCCCAGAGUUCGGUGGCUCCAUUGGUAUAGUGUUCUAUAUGGGACUCAUCUUCAAUACCGGAAUGAAUGCACUCGGUUUAGUUGACUGCAUGGUUGAGAAUUUCGGAGUGGAAUCAGGUUCGUGGUCGAGGUUUCUGCUAGAAGGGUUUUGGUGGAACUAUCUCUGGGGGUCAAUUGUCCUGCUUGUCUGCACCGCAAUCUGCUUUGCUGGUAGUUCCAUCUUUGCCCGAGCUAGUAACGGUUUGCUUGCAAUUCUCUUGAUUUCGACUUUUAGCAUACCGCUCUCAGGGCUGAUCCAGCAACCAUUCAAAUCAACCGAGCUGGGAGUUGAAUUCACCGGAUUCCGCACGAGAACAUUUUUAGAGAACUUGAAACCUCAUCUUACCAAAGGCGCUGCUGGAAGUCAACUACCGCAUCGGGAGAACUUCCAGGAUCUGUUUGGUAUACUGUUUCCCGCGACUAGUGGAAUAUUUGCUGGAGCCAACAUGUCCGGAGAUUUAAAGAAUCCUAGCAGGUCCAUUCCAACAGGCACACUAUCUGGAUUGCUUCUGACCUUCUUCACGUAUACCGCUGUGAUCUUAUCGAUGGCUGCUUCGAUUACUAGACAGUCAUUUUACAACAAUGUCAAUGUCAUUCAAGUCACGAAUGUGUCUGAGACCAUGGUGUUGCUGGGAGAAUUUGCCGCAUCCUUCUUCUCGUCAUUGUCUGGCCUCAUUGGUGCAGCUAAACUACUUCAAGCCAUCUCGCGAGACAAUUUAGUACCGGGGUUGUCAUUAUUUGGCAAAGCCAGCACAAAAAGCGACGAUCCGAUAUUAGCCAUCAUCUUCUCGUAUGUCGUUGCACAAAUCACCAUGCUUUUUGACAUCAACAAAAUUGCUUCCUUCACGGCUAUGACAUAUCUCAUGACCUUCUUGGCUAUCAACCUUGCUUGUUUUCUUUUGAAGAUUGGCUCCGCGCCAAACUUCCGACCAUCUUUCCACUAUUUCAACUGGGUAACGGCGGCAUUGGGUGCUGUGUUCAGUCUUGCCAGCAUGUUUUUCGUCGAUGGGGUCUACGCCACUGGGUGCAUCAUCGUACUAGUCUUUUUGUUUGUGCUAAUUCAUUAUACAUCUCCUCCAAAAUCAUGGGGAGACGUGAGUCAAAGUCUGAUCUAUCACCAGGUGAGGAAAUAUCUGCUCCGGCUCAAGCAGGAGCACGUCAAGUUCUGGCGGCCUCAGAUCCUCCUGUUCGUGAACGACAUGGACGCUCAGUAUAAAAUGGUUCAUUUCUGCAACUCUCUAAAGAAAGGAGCGCUUUUUGUACUGGGCCAUGUCAUUGUGACCGAUGAUUUCACCAACGCAGUCCCAGAGGCACGCCGUCGGCAAGUGGUAUGGACCAAGUUUAUUGAGUACUCGAAAGUAAAGGCCUUUACGAAUAUCACAGUGGCACCGACAGCAGAGUGGGGAGUCCGCAAUAUUGUUCUGAACUCUGGACUUGGUGGUAUGAGGCCAAAUAUCGUGAUCAUUGAUCAGUACCGGCCCAACCAGAGUAUAGGAGAUAUAUUUCAACGCAGACCACGACGAAGGCACUCAAAGUCUGUUGGGGUUACGUUAACUCGGCAGGAAUCAGAUCCAAGUGCCGACGAAACAGAUUUGACACCCUCCAACAGCGCACAAACAUACAUCACAAUCCUUGAAGAUCUGUUGUUCAAGCUACGCAUCAACGUCGCUGUUGCAAAAGGCUUUGAGAAUCUGGAGCUACCUAAUCCCCGUGGUAGAAAUGAGAAGACUUUCAUUGAUCUGUGGCCUAUUCAGAUGUCGGCAGAACUUGCUGCGGAUCGACAGAGUAAGCAAAAUGUCUUGACAACGAAUUUCGAUACAUACACACUGAUUCUACAGCUUGGCUGUAUCUUGAACACGGUGCCUUCAUGGAAGAAGAGCUACAAACUACGUGUGGCGGUAUUUGUGGAGUAUGAGAGCGAUGUUGAAGAAGAACGCGGUAGGGUGUCGGCUCUUUUGGAGAAGCUCCGAAUUGAAGCCAAGGUGCUUGUAUACUGCCUGGCUGGGGGUGAAUUACAGACCUAUCAGAUCAUUGUCAAUGGUGAUACAUCUUCUGCGAGUGAAGAUGUAUUGGAGGAUGUAAACACUGUCCUCAAGGACGAGAGUUGGUGGCAUGACAUUCAGGAUUUCCGCGACAAGACCAGCGGCAGUGCUCAACGGCCCGGCCAGUCAUCUCGCGCGGCUGAUCUACUAGGCGGUCUAUCUCACUGGCCUGUUGCCUCAUUCCAGCAGGGAGCACAGCGACAAGCAACGCCGAGGUUUGGGGGUAUCAAGAACUUUGUACGAUCCAACCGACAACAACGGAGGAGAUCAAUCUCUAGUUUCCGAGGAUUGAGCGUGAAUAUGGGUAUGCAGACGAGCAGACUGCUUGAUGCUAUGGUGAAUUACCAGUCCGAUGAUAGUGAGGAUUCAAGCACCACCGAAGACGAAGAGCAGGAGCCGUAUGUGAGCGAUAGCGAUGAUGGAUCUACGACACCGCGUACUGGGGCGGCAACUCCAGUGAUCAGGACUGUUACAGAUACGCCAGAAAAUAUGUCACCUAGCCAUACAUCUGUCAUGGAAACACUCUCGGCACAGGACGAAGCUGCAGAGGAAGAGGCAGGCAAUCCAACCGACACCUUAGCAGCAAGACCGCAGAUAUCAUCUCUCUCACGACCAAUGUUCAGUCGCGCAGCGUCCGGAAACAGAUUCUCCUCGUCGCCCAUCCCAGAAACAAGAGUUAACCAAACCGAAGACACGGGCCCAUCAAUCAUGUUCUCCGACUCACCACCACCACGACGAACAAUCGACCUAGCCUCUGCCGAUCCCCCUUCCCAAACCCACGAAUCAAUCUACACCCACCACCACCGCCAACGACCCGAAUCCUCUACUCCAGCAUCCUCAACUGCAGCAUCAGGAUUCCCCAACCAAGCUGCCAUGCCCCUCUCAUUCAACGACCUUCCCUGCCGCGCCCAACACCUAAUUCUCAACGAACUCAUAACGCGCCACAGCCACGAAACAGCGGUAAUGUUCACAACGCUCCCAUCCCCGAUUGAGGGGACAUGUCUCGAUAAUGCGGCUAGUGAAGCGUACGUUAGUGAUAUGGAAAUCUUGUGUAGGGGGUUACCGCCUUGUUUGUUGGUGCAUAGUAAUAGUAUGACUGUUACUAUGAAUUUGUAG